CGACAUCCCUCUCUCUCCGCCUCGCCGUCUACUUCAGUGUCUAGGAGCCGAAAACGAAGCACCAUCGAGGGGUCCAACUGGCUGUCAAACCGAGCUCCCACGGCAGUCAUGGCGGCGCCGUUAGCCCACUUCGACGAGGACUGGCAGGACUUUAACGAAUUCAAGCCGUCCUCGGCGACGGCCGAGCAGCUGGACCAGCUCAACUCAAACGUGGGCGAGCCGUCGUCGGGCCUAGAUGAUUUCUCAGACCUGGACAACAGUUUCUCCGGGGAGAUCUGCAGCUUCAAAUCGAUGGAGGACCUCGUCCACGACUUCGACGAGAAGCUGACAGUGUGCUUCCGAAACUACAACACCGCGACGGAGAACAUAGCCCCCAUCAAACCCAUCACAGAGGACAAUUACUUGAAAGACGACGAGGUGUGGAACGCUCUGACUGAUAACUAUGGCAACGUGAUGGCUGUGGACUGGAAGACAUCACACACCCGGAGCUUACACCUGCCCACCCUCAACCUCACUGAGCACGAGAAGUUGGACAACCAGUCUCUGGAUCUGUCGGACGACGAGGAGCUGAGGGAGCAGAUGGACAUGCACUCCAUCAUCAACUCCUGCAUCAACGACGAGCCGCUCUUCACGGCCGAACAGGUGAUCGAGGAGAUUGAGGAAAUGAUGCAGGAGUCUCCAGACCCGGAGGACGAUGAGAGUCCCUCGCAGUCGGACCUGUCCAUGCUCUCCCAGGACCUUCACGCUCUGAAGCGCUCCGGCUCCAACACCAGCUACGAGGACCGGCUGCGUCAGCUGUCUGUGUCUGAGCUGACCGAGACUCUGGAGGAAGUGGAGACGGCCAUUCGCCGCUACAGCGAAGAGCUGAUCCAGGCUCUCGCCCUGCGAGAUGAACUGGACUAUGAAAAGGAGGUGAAGAACAGCUUCAUCUCGCUGUUGAUCGACGUGCAGAACAGGCAGAAGGAGCACCGCGAGCUGCUGAGGAAGAAGAAGAAAAUCAGGAGUACGACGACAACCGGGCCCAACGGCCAGAGGACAAACAGCACGCACAUACCAGGCACGCUCCUUACUCUGGAGGGACUCUCCAAUGUCAUUCAAAAUGGCCUCCGUCAACAUUUUGGCAACACAGGAGGGGACAAACAGUACCUGACCACAGUGAUUCCUUAUGAGAAGAAGUCUGGAACCCCAUCGGUUGAAGACCUCCAGAUCCUCACAAAGAUCCUCCACGCCAUGAGGGACGACAGCGAGAAGGUGCCUGCCCUGCUAACAGACUACAUUCUAAAAGCUCUGGUAUGAGAGCAGUGGAAACUGAGUUCUUUGUCCUACGUAAAGCCAAAGGCGAACCUCCCGUUUCCAGAACCAUCCAUCGGACCAUCACAAGAGGGUUCUGGUAUACCAGAAGAUCAAAAUCUUCCUUCCUCCACAUUUUUCAACACUUCUGUCUUUUCCUUGUGGCAUUUUUUUUAAACUCCGCCACUGUUAUCUCUCCUAAGAUUUUAACCUAGAUAUAGCUCUUCAGUCUGUAUAGUUCCUUUCAUUUGUAAUGUUUUAACUUUUUAAUGCCUGAGAGCUACAACCCUUGUUUAUCCUGACUGCAUGAUGACUUGCCUAUGGAUGCCAGUAAUCAGUAUUAGUCUGAACACCUCACUUCCUGAUUAGCCAGCGGCUCUAGAAAGGAGAAGGGGUGAAAGGGUGUAUUUUGAUUCCAUGGCUUGUCCACGGAUGAAGUCUGCUUUGUAAAUUCAAAUGCAUUUGCAUCUGUGUAGCUCAUGCCUGACAGGGGGAAACAAAUCCUGGCAGAAUCUGUGAAUCUCAACGAGCCAGGCUGGUUGUGAUAUUAAGCAUUAACCCUCUUCUUCCUGAACGGAGACCUUUGUCAUGAGCCACGUUUCCACCGCUGGGACUUUCCCAGGGACUAGGAACAUUUGGAGAAACUCAUUAUGUUUUCAGGGACUAAAUUAAAUUGCCCCCCAGAACGUCCCUACUCUGGGUUAACGCUUUCCAGAAGUACAGGGACUUUGCGGGUGGGGAUUGCACUGCUGAACAUUUCUGGUUAGCUGACAUUUCAACAACAUUUCAUUUCAACACCAUUUUAAAAAAAUCUGUCGCCCCAAACCAGUUUGUUUUGUGUUUAUUGUGCAUCACUAUAUCAAUAUGGCGUCAAGAGAGAGAAAUGGAAAUAAUGAUGCCUUGCACAAAAACGACACAUAGUUCCUUUAAAAGUAGUUUCUUUAGGUGGAAACGUGACGAUAAUGGCUUUUUUUCAUUAGUUGUUUAUGACUUAGUGUUGAAAACUCUGCUAAACCCUUUUAAUUUAUAAAUCCCAAAUAGUAGGCACACCUGUCUUUGCAUGUUGGUUUUAGGUUUAUGCUUCAUAUAAGCUGUUAGUUGAAUGUGAAAAUGAGAUAUUUUGUAUACGAUUUAAGAGACAUUGCACAGUUUUUGGGCAACUUAUUACUUUUUGAAAAAGGGAAAAAGUCUUGAGAAAGUAAAAGCUGGAUGAACAAAACAUGUAAAGCAUAUUUUUGGAUAAAGGGGCUUGUUUUUAGUGAGAUUACGGUUUUGCCAGUAGCUACUUUUACCAUUUUGCAACGUAAUUUUGUAAAUGCUGUCCAUCGACCUCUGAGCCCUCGAGUAGUGACCGUCACCCCGAGCAACUUAAUCCCCCCGAGCCGUCAUUACACAAGUCUGCAAAUAUCUUGUAUGACACUUUUGCAUUAGUAGAAAAUGACUAAACUGGUCGUUUCAUUAGAUAGUGUCGUUAAGAUUAGGUUAAAUAACUGUAGUUAGACUUCUGUUAUCUGUUUACCCUUUAACUGUUGUGUGAAUUCUGUGGUAGCACUUUAGUCUGUCAGUGAUCUGGUCAUGUGGUCGUGGAAUAUGUGGCGGAUGUACUUAAGAGUACGUCUCCCUAGAUUAGUGUUAGAUGAAUCUUAGGAUCAUAAGCUAGUGGUGCCAAAAGCACGUCAACAUGAAGAACUGUUGUCAUGCGUUCUGUUCCAUCUGUUUACCUUAUUGGUCAUCAUGAGCGCGGGAAGUUACACAAACUUAAAGGGGCACUCCACUGAUAUGGAUAAUGUCUUCAGCAGCUCUAGAGGAACUUUGUCAAAGAAAGUAACCCUGAUGAUGUCAUGGUGAUGUCACCUGGACCAGAUUUGUAAGAGAAAGCCUUUGUAACAAGCUCAAUAUGCUUUAAUGGAGUUCAAAAGCAUGUUUACAAGGCUGGAUUGGUUAAACUAAGGGACUGUGGAGAUGCAUCGUGGGAAAUGUAUGAUUUAGUGUUUUUGAAGUAAAAGUCAGAAUAUCUCAGCCUCCACCUCAUCGAUUUUGACCAUUCUUUUUUUUUUUUCUUUUAACACGUCUCUUGCAAGUCUCCCAACUCUGUGUUAAUGCAAUACUAAAUCACUGGAGCGCCCCUUUAAAAACCAUGUGCCACCGAUCUAAUGCUGCAUGUCCGCCACAUCAUCAGCAGGUUGGUACACUGACUUUCAGAUCACCAGCUACUACAGGUGCACCACACACUGUCAGAUCAGGUCUAGUCUAGCUCUCAGGUACGAUCAUCAGUGAUGGUAGUUUAAAAAAUCUGAAAAAGGUACUGACAUUCCUGAGUCUUUGUAGGUUUCUGGCAACGUUAUAUCAGCUAGACUUCAAUUUGCUGCACUUUUGUCUUAUCACAAAUUUCUCAUUUUAAAGUUCAAACGUCCUAGACUCUGCUUAGUAGUAACAGUAGUAUUUGUAGCCAGCAGUUCAAUGAAACUGGCUGCAGUAGCAUCUGCUUUGUGUAGCAGUUAAUAGUGUAGAUGCAGUUGUAAUAUCUGGCGGCAAACAUUGAUUCUUUAGAAAUUCUGUAGAAAAGCGAAUAGUCAAUAUGUACGGUAAGAGAAGGUGAGACUCGUAAGAAAAAAAAAUUAUUUACUGGUUAAAUUUUUUUCCAGCAUGUUUCUCAUGCAUGUUGCAAAAGGAAAGGGCAUGGGACGAUGACAAGGGGCGUGAUAAAGAUCUAAGAAUGUUGGGGUAGAUUGCACAAAUGGUUGCUCAAAUUUUGAGGGAUUGAUUUAUUCUUUUAUAAAGGAAGACAACAGCUUGUGAUUGCUAUAUUUAACUAUUUAUAUGCAACUGUUGUUUCUACUGCUCCCAGCUUUGAAAACAUUCACAAACUAACUGUGCUACAUGCACUUCGCUUCAGCAAAGCAUUUUUUAAAUAAUGAUUAAAUUGUUCUGUUUAUGGAAAUAUUACACUAAAGGGAUAAGUGCAUGUUGCAAUUGAAUGCCGGAAAACUCGAAGCAAGUUAUUAAAACUUACUUCAAGCUGUUCAAAAAUUGUUCAAAAAGGGCAAAAUUUAUACAUGAGAAGGCUUGUGGCACUGAAACACUUUUGGAAAACAUCCCUCAAUCAAAAGAUUCAAUGAAAAUGACAACAACUGUGUCAAUCUAUUUUUUGUCUUAUAAUAAAAUGGCAGCCAGCAUGGAAGUUAGUCGAGGAUCUUGUCUCAGGCCAUAGCCGCAGACAUAUCAGUGUAACUACAAUUUAGAGAUUUAUAUUUAUAUACAGUAUGCACAACAAAACAAGCAACAGAAAAAGAGGCUGCCUUUGUAAAUGCCUGAAAUCUUUUGUACAUUAAACCUCCUUUUUGUUUUUAAUGCAAUAUAAUUCCCCAAUUUUGGGGUUUUAUGUUUACUGUCUCAUUGUGGUACUGCAGUAUAUUAAUUUAUUAUGUAAAUGUUCGUUUUGUAACCAUAUUAUCGACUGUAAUGGUACAAGUGUUUUGUGCCCACAUUGCAUUGCAACUCAUUUCAAAUAAAUUAAUAUGUGACGACCUUUAA